CUCAGCUACAGUGGGAGGAGGAGGAGGAUCAGAAUCAGAAGGAGCCAGGGAGGAGAAGGAGCCAGGAGGAGCCAGGAGGAGGUUGUGGUCUCGCGCAGCGGCGGCCCACGUGGAGGUGACACGUGUGGAGGUGACCAAGGCCUCCUGGUGGAGGUGUCAGAGAGACCCAGGCCUCCUGGUGGAGGUGUCAGAGAGACCAAGGCCUCCUGGUGGAGGUGCCAGAGAGACCCAGGCCUCCUGGUGGAGGUGUCAGAGAGACCCAGGCCUCCUGGUGGUGGUGCCAGAGAGACCAAGGCCUCCUGGUGGAGGUGACCGGAGAGACCAAGGCCUCCUGGUGGAGGUGUCCAGAGAGACCAAGGCCUCCUGGUGGAGGUGGAGGAGCUGGUCUCACCAUGGAGUCGUUUUGUGGAAAGGACAAUUCCACAUUCUGGAACCCCAAUGAGUCGCUGCACUCGCACAGCCCCGACUUGAGUCCCUGCUUCCAAAUGUCGGUGCUGGUGUGGGUACCCUGCCUCUACCUGUGGAUCAGCUGCCCCUUCUACUGCGCAUACCUGCACCGCCACAAGCGAGGCUACAUCAGGAUGACACUACUGUGCAGGGCCAAAUUGCUGUGUGCUGUGCUGCUGUGGCUGCUGGCCUGGCUCGAUGUCUCCCUCGCUCUGUGGGAGUGGAGCCACGGCCACAGGCAAGGCCUCAUCUACUUCAUCAGCCCCCUGCUGCAGGGCAUCACCAUGCUCCUGGCGCUGCUGCUCGUCCAGAGGGAGCGCCUGUGUGGCCUUCGCUCCUCCGGACUGCUCUUCGUCUUCUGGCUGCUGCUGCUCCUCUGCUGCCUCCCGGCCCUCCGCUCCAAGGCCAUGCGGGCACAGGACGCGGGCUACGUGCAGGACCCACUGCGGCUGGCGACGCUGAGCACGCACGGCCUGCUGGUGCUGCUGCAGCUCAUCCUCUCCACGGUGCCGGACCGGCUGCCCUUCUUCACGCCCUACAGCGCCAACACGAACCCGUGUCCGGAGUCCAACGCUCCGUUCCUCUCGCAGGUCACCUUCUGGUGGUUCACGCGGAUGUCGGUGCUGGGGUUCCGUCGCCCGCUGCUGCAGAGCGACUUGUGGAGCCUGGACGCGGCGCACGCCGCUCGCACGCUGGCGCCGCUGCUGCAGCGCCACUGGGCGCGGGAGCAGCGGCGGCUCCGGCACGGCAGGGGCCGUCACGGCGGCGGCGGCGGCGGCGGCGGCGGCCUGGCGGCGACGUCGACCACGACGCCUGCGGGGACCGCGUCUGCGAGCGCCAGAGAAGAGGAGGAAGAGGAGGCGACGAUGAUGAUGAUGAAGAAGGAGGAGGAGGAGGUCGUCGCUCGUGCCGGCUCCUCCGCCGAGGCGUCCGUGCGUGCCCCCCGGGGUCCGUCGCUGUGGCGUGCGCUGUGCCGCUGCUUCGGGGGCUACUUCCUCGUCGGCUCCUUUCUCAAACUCUUCCAGGACCUGCUGCAGUUCAUCGGCCCCAUGGUGCUCAGCCUGCUGAUCCGCCUGGUGGAGAGCCCCGAGACACCGUCGUGGCAGGGAUACUCGCUGGCCGUGCUGCUGCUCGUCAGCGCCUGCGUGCAGUCGCUGGUGCUGCAGCAGCACAUGCACGUGUGCACCGUGACGGGCAUACGGACACGCUCCGCCCUCACUGCCCUCGUCUACAACAAGUCUCUGGUGAUGUCCAACGCGGCGAAGAAGUCGUCGACGGUGGGGGAGAUCGUCAACCUCGUGGCCGUGGACGCGCAGAAGUUUAACGAGCUCCCCAUCUACCUCAACAUGCUGUGGUCCUCCCCGUUCCAGAUCGUUCUGGCCAUGUACUUCCUAUGGCAGACGCUCGGUCCGUCGGUCAUGGCUGGAGUGGCCAUCAUGAUUCUGCUGAUCCCCGUCAACGGCUUCAUCGCAGUGAAAACCAGAAGCUUGCAGACGGAGCAAAUGAAGCUGAAGGACCGCCGCGUGAAGCUCAUGAACGAGAUGCUGGGAGGCAUCAAGGUGCUGAAGCUGUACGCCUGGGAGCUCUCCUUCCAGGCCCAGGUGCUCGAGAUCAGGAAGCAGGAGCUGAGCACCCUGCGCAAGAUGGCCUUCCUCAGCGCCCUCUCCAUCUUCUGCUGGGCCUGCGCACCCUUCCUGGUGGCGCUCACCACGUUCGGCGUCUACGUGUCGGUGGACGCGCGCAACGUGCUGAGCGCCGAGAAGGCGUUCGUGUCGCUCUCGCUCUUCAACAUCCUGCGCUUCCCCCUCAACCUGCUGCCCCUCGUCAUCUCAAACCUCGUGCAGGCCAGCGUGUCCCUCAAGAGGCUGCAGGCCUUCCUGUCCCAUGAGGAAUUGGAUCCCAGCAACGUGGAGCGCAACAACGUGGAGCCCGGAGUGAGCAUCAGCAUCACGAAUGGGACGUUCAAGUGGGAUCGGUGCGAUGCCCCGGUCUUACACAACAUCGCGCUGCGCGUGCCCGAGGGCUCGCUGGUGGCGGUGGUCGGGGACGUGGGCAGCGGGAAGUCCUCGCUCAUCUCCGCAAUCCUCGGGGAGAUGGAGCUGGUGGAGGGCCGCGUCUCCGUGCGGGGCUCCGUGGCCUACGUGCCGCAGCAGGCCUGGAUCCAGAGCGGCACCGUCCGCAGCAACGUGCUCUUUGGGCGCGACAUGGACGAGGCCCGCUACCGCCACGUGCUGGACACGUGCGCGCUGCUGCCGGACCUCGAGUUGCUGGCGGGAGGGGACGAGACGGAGAUCGGAGAGAAGGGGAUCAACUUGUCGGGGGGCCAGCGCCAGCGCGUGUCGCUGGCGCGUGCCGCCUACGGAGCGCAAUCCGCGUCGCUGCUGCUGCUGGACGACCCCCUCUCCGCCGUCGACGCGCACGUGGGCAGCAGCCUCUUCCGGCGCGUCGUGGCCCACGGGGGGCUGCUGCACGGCAAGACGCGCGUGCUGGUGACCCACGCCGUGGGCGUGCUGCCCUCCGUCGACCUCAUCGUCGUGCUGUCCGGCGGCCGCGUCACGGAGUGCGGCUCCCACUCCGAGCUGCUGGCCCGCGACGGCGCCUUCGCCGAGUUCCUGCGCAGGCACGGCCAAGAACCGACCGCGGCUCCUGACAACGAUAGCGCCACCAACGCCACCACCGCCUCCACCACCACCGCCACCACCGCCACUACCGCCACCACCACCAUGAUGAUGAUGAUGCUGCUGCUGCUGAUGAUGAUGAUGAUGUUAAUGAUGAUGAUGAUGUUCACCUUGCAUGUCCGUCUCAGCCUGAAGUCGCAGACCUCGUCGGGCGGCCGGUCGGACAACGAGGUGGGCGAGGAGGUGAAGGAACGCCUGGUGCAAGACGAGAAGAUGGAGACUGGCAGAGUGAGCUUGGCGGUGUACCAGCAGUACGGGCGCGCUGUGGGGGCCCCGCUGGCGCUGUGCGUGGCGCUGCUGUACGCGCUGCAGGGCGCCGCCACCGUGGGCCAGGGCGUGUGGCUGAGCGACUGGACGGGCGACGCCGUGGUGAACGGCACGCAGGGCGGCACCGGGCCCCGGCUCGCCGUCUACGCGGCGCUCGGAUUCACGCAGGGCCUCAUGGUGCUGCUCUACAUCGUGCUGGGCAGGGGCGUGGGGAUGCUGCGCGCCUCCAAGCGCCUCCACGCCGACGCCCUCAUACGCGUGCUCCGCUCGCCGGCGCGGUUCUUCGAGGCCACCCCCACCGGACGAUUGCUCAACCGCUUUGGCCGGGAUGUGGACUCGCUGGACACGCUGGUGCCCGAGAACCUGGACGCGUGGCUGCGUUGCUUCUGCUACACCCUCGCCACGCUCAUGAUCAUCAGCAUCGCCACGCCGACCUUCCUGCUCGCCGCCACGCCGCUCGCCAUCGCCUACUGGUUCAUACAGCGCUACUACGUGGCGACGUCGCGCCAGCUGAAGCGUCUGGAGAGCGUGAGCCGCUCCCCGGUGCUGUCGCACCUCGCCGACACGGUGCUGGGCCGCGCCGUCGUUCGUGCCCACGGCCAGCAGUGGCGCUUCGCCAGCGACAACGCCCGGCACAUCGACGCCAACCAGAGGCCGACCUUCGCCGGCAUCGUCUCCAACCGCUGGCUGGCCGUGCGGUUGGAGAUCCUCGCCAACCUCAUCGUCUUCUUCGCCACCCUCUUCGCUGUCGUCAGCCGCCACUCGCUGAGCCCCGGCAUCGUGGGCCUCUCCGUGUCCUACGCCCUGCAGGUCACACUCACGCUCAACUGGCUGGUGCGCAUGACCUCCGAGCUGGAGACCAACAUCGUGGCGGUGGAGCGCCUGAAGGAAUAUUCUGAUCUUCCCACCGAGGCUGCGUGGGAGAUCGCGGCCACGCGGCCGCCGGCGACGUGGCCGCACUGCGGGGACCUGGAGUUCGUGGACUACAGCCUGCGGUACCGCGACGGGCUGGAGCUCGCCCUCAACCAGCUCACAUUCAGCGUGCGCGGAGGGGAGAAGGUGGGUAUCGUAGGCCGCACGGGCGCCGGGAAGUCAUCGCUCACCCUGGGACUCUUCCGCAUCGUGGAGCCGGCCAGCGGCCUCAUCCGCAUCGACGGCGUGGACAUCGCCCGGCUGGGCCUCACCGAGUUGCGCUCCAGACUCACCAUCAUCCCCCAGGAGCCAGUGCUGUUUGCGGGCUCGCUGCGCUGGAACCUGGAUCCGUUUGGCCGGCACGAGGAUGCGGAGCUGUGGCAGGUGCUGCGCAUGGCGCACCUCGAGGACUUCGUGCAGCAGCUGGCCGGCGGGCUGGACCACACGUGCUGCGAGGGGGGGGAGAACCUCAGCGUGGGGCAGAGGCAGCUGGUGUGCCUGGCGCGGGCGCUGCUGCGCCGCACGCGGGUCAUCGUGCUGGACGAGGCCACGGCCGCCGUCGACCUGAGCACCGACGCCCUCAUCCAGGCGUCGAUCCGCUCGCACUUCGCCCAGUGCACGGUGCUCACCAUCGCUCACCGCCUGCACACCGUCAUCGACUACGACCGGCUGCUGGUGCUGGACGCCGGGCGCAUCGUGGAGUACGACUCCCCCCAGGCACUGCUGGAGCGGCGUGGCGUCUUCUACAGCCUGGCCAAGGAGGCAGGGGUGCUGUGAGCCCUCGGGAGGCGUGCCGCCACUGGGAAGUGCGGGUGGCGGACGGGGCGAGGAAGAGGCGGUGGUGGCGGGGUAGGUGGAGGAGGAGGUGGCGGUGCAGAGAUGUCGCUUCUGGAAUGCUCUGCUGGCUGAGGAGCCUCACGGCUGCAGAUCUACGUCAAGGGGCUGCCUUGGAAGAUGACGCCAUGGACCCCACGGAAGCCUCAACUCUCAGUGGGCCUCCCAGCCCGCCACGGGGCGGCCUCCCAGCCCGCCACGGGGCGGCCUCCUUGUACAGCACGGUGUGGCCUCCUUGUACAGCACGGUGUGGCCUCCUUGUACAGCACGGUGUGGCCUCCUUGUCCGACACGGGGGCGGCCUCCUUGCCCGACACGGGGGCGGCCUCCUUGCCCGACAAAAGGCGGCCUCCCCGCCCUCCACGAGGCGGCCUCUUUGUCUGCCGCAGUGCGGCCUCCUUGUCCGCAACGGGUCGCGUGCCACGGUGGGCGGUUGUCAGGCGAAGCGUUGUGACUCUCAGCUGGGCUCUGAUAGGCUAGGGGCGACGCUUGCGUUGUACGCUGGCGCUGCACUCGCGCGAUCGCGUCGUCACGGGACGGAGACGACCCAGCGCCAACCUUGUUAGAGAACCGGCCCGCGGAAGCGGAUAUCACAGAGCUCCAUCUGAGUUUCCUUUUGUCAUGUGACCUCUGGUCUGGUACAGUAGGGGGGCAGCACUUUCCCAAUAUUUGUUUUUUCUCAAAAGUGGAAUUUAACCAAAGUGCAAAACCAAAUUUAACGUAGUUUUAUUUGCGUGCAGUCAUUUGUGACUAGGCUGAGACAAUCAACUCGCUGCACUUGAGAACCUAUGUGACUCUGUGGGUCUCUAUGUGACUCUAUGGGUCUCUAUGUGAGUCUAUCGGAUUCUAUGUGAAUCUGUGGGUUUCUGUGAGUCCAC